AUGUCACGCCAUCGAAACAUAAGAAAACUCAAAGUUGAAGAAAUUUUUGAGGAAGAAUAUGGUUACGAUGAGAAUGAAGAUUAUGGAACUGGUAAUUUUGAAAUGACAUUAAAGCAGAAAACACAAAUGGAGGAAGGAAAGAUAAAGGUCAAAAGCGUAAUAGGACAGGUGGAAGGUAUCACCGAUAAAGAUAUCGAAGAUGCAUUAUGGCAUUACUAUUUUGACACAGAACAAACGAUCAAUUGGUUAUUAGAUCAAGUUCAUAAAUCUCAAGCACGAAAACAAAAACGAUCUCAAAAACAAGUUACUUCAAACAACUCACAAGAAAACAAAGAUUUAAACAUUAAUACAAACAGUUCAUUGUUGGAAGAUGAACAUCUUUGUACUACAACUUCUAGAACAAAGACACCGAUUCUUGAGUGUUCACAAUCUGUAACUGAUUCACCGCCAAAAAACAAUAGAACAAUAAGUUGUAUUACGUUGUGGGAUAUCUGGUCAGGACAUAAUGUCAAUUGGAGACACAUUUUGAACAACCCAAGGUCGUCUGUAGAGACUCCCAUUUUCGCGUUAAAACAAAGUCGCUUUACUCGUGGCGGGUUAUUGGGUGGCGCUGAUUCAGAAACCCCGAAUUCGCAACAAAGACUUUCUUCUACGAGAUCUACAUAUGCAUCUUUAUCAGAUUUGUCUUCAGCUAUACCUUCAAAUUCUGGACUUCAGAGACAAGGAUUAUCUUUAUCAUCCUUGGCACAAGAAUCCUUAUCUCACUCAACUGGUCGAAUUUCAUUGACAAAACUUGUACCAAAUAAAAGCAAGACAAUCAAUUCAUCACAAGCUACAAACUUAAAUAUUGGAAUCUCUCAAAAAUUAACUUCUAAUUUAAAUUUAUCAAAAACGAAACCAUUGACGACAUUGCUAAACACCUCGGAUUCUACACCUUCUCUGAAACUGUUGUCGUCCUAUUCGGGUUUUAAUUCAUCAGCUUCACCUAAUUUGAAUAAUGUGGAACACAGUUCUUUGAAAUAUAGUGCUGGAUUUCAAUCUUCAAACUUUCAAAAGCAAACAAUGCUACCUUCCUCAUUAGCAGAUAACACAAGUACCUUACGGGUACAGUCACCAUCGAACCCUCUUAUUGCGCCUCCAUCCAUAUUCGCCAUUGCAAUAUUUGCAAAGCUGCAAGAUGUGCAGUUACCUUCUAACGACCUUUUCACAUUUGAACUUUACUCAACAGGAUCAAGGAAUCAAAAAGGCUUUGCAUUUGAUCAACCAAGUCCGGAUGAUAUUGUUUUAAAUGCCCAAAGUAAAAAGACCUCUGGUGGAUCAAAAGGCAAACAAAUAACUGCACAACCAUCGCCGUUACCACCACUGGUAAAUACAACUAAUAAUGGAACAAAAAAAUAUUUAGAUGAAUCAAUUAAGGAGAACGAUGAUGUGAUUGAAAUUUUAGAUGACAAUGAUGAGCAACUUAAAUUCGAUAUUAAUGCACUUUCUUUGGCGGAAUCAUCAAAAACUUCGUUUAGCAAGAUCGCAGAACCUAUUAAUGGGCUUGUAAAUCAAGGAACAGUAUCUCCUCAUAUAUCACUUUACGAACAAAAAACCCCAACAAAAGCAAAUAUAAAGUCUUCAAAGCGUAUUAAUGUCCUUGAAGAAUAUAAAAAGCGAGUUGCUGACAAGCUUCCAUUAAACUUAGUAGUGAUCGGGCACGUUGAUGCCGGAAAAAGCACACUUAUGGGACAUUUAUUGUAUUUACUUGGUGAAGUUAACGAGAGAACCAUGAAACAAUACGAAAGAGAUUCUUCAAAAAUUGGAAAAUCAUCUUUCGCUUAUGCAUGGGUUCUUGAUGAAACUGGCGAAGAACGAAACAGAGGUAUUACAAUGGAUAUUGCUAUUAGGAGUUUCGAAACAAAAAAUCGCCGGUUUACUUUGUUAGACGCACCUGGCCAUAGGGAUUUCAUCCCGAACAUGAUUUCAGGAGCUUCACAAGCUGAUGUUGCUAUCCUUGUGGUUGAUGCUACUGUUGGAGAGUUUGAAUCUGGUUUCGAAGCAAAUGGUCAAACCAAAGAGCAUGCAUUAUUAAUUAGAAGUUUAGGUGUUCAACAACUAAUUGUUGCCAUAAAUAAAUUAGAUACUGUAGAAUGGUCAAAGGCUCGAUAUGACGAAAUAGUAGAAAAAUUGUGUGCUUUUUUAAAUCAAGUUGGCUUUAAGAAAGAUAAAGUGGCACAUAUACCAUGUAGUGGAUUAAUAGGGGAAAACAUUAUGCGCAAGUCAUCAGGAAUUUUAGAUUGGUAUAACGGGGAGACUUUAAUUGAGCAGAUAGAUAAAUUUGAACCACCCACACGCCUUUUGGAAAAACCAUUUCGCCUUUCUGUGACUGAUUUUUUCAAGGGAGGUUUGGGAAAUGUUGGAGGUGUGAGCGUUGCUGGCAGGAUAGAAAGUGGCACAAUACAAGUUGGAGAAGAAAUUACAGUAAUCCCCGGUGGUGAACGUGGCGUAGUCAAAGUUUUGACGGUUAAUGAGGAGUCAUCUAAAUGGGCUGCAGCUGGAGAUUCUGUGUUAUUGACUUUGAUAGAUCUUGAUAUUCUGCAACUUAAGAUUGGAUCCGUUUUGUGUCCACCAUCACAACCAGUUCCUAUUACAUCACAUUUCCUCGCUCGAAUAGUUGUAUUUGAUGUCAAAAUUCCGAUUACACGAGGGUUUCCCGUUAUACUUCAUCGGCAAAGCCUUAAUGAGCCGGCUAACGUCAUUAAACUCGUGAAUAUAAUCGAUAAGAAUACGGGAGAUGUAAUCAAGAAAAAUCCGAGGCACCUUCCUAAAUCUUCAACUGCUACUGUGGAAAUAAAACUAUCUAAUCGACCAAUUCCUCUAGAAGCGUUUAAAGAUAACAAAGAACUUGGUAGAAUCAUGUUGAGAAAGGGUGGUGAGACUGUUGCAGCGGGUAUUGUAAUUGAU